AUGGCGGAGGAGGUAUGGGUGGGCACCUGGAGGCCCCAUCGCCCCCGGGGACCCAUCAUGGCCCUCUACAGCAGCCCUGGACCCAAGUACCUGAUUCCACCCACCACAGGCUUUGUGAAGCACACGCCCAACAAGCUGCGCGCACCGGCCUACAGCUUCCAUGGGGCCCCCAUGCUCCUGGCAGAGAACUGCUCCCCAGGGCCCCGCUACAGUGUGAACCCCAAGAUACUGAGGACUGGCAAGGACCUCGGUCCCGCCUACUCCAUCCUGGGGCGCUACUGCACUAAGACCACGCUGACCCCCGGCCCUGGCCACUACUUUCCAGAGAAAUCUACCAAGCAUGUGUUCGACUCGGCACCCAGCCACUCCAUUUCUGCCCGAACCAAGACCUUCCGAGUGGACAGCACCCCAGGCCCCGCUGCCUACAUGCUGCCCGUGGUGAUGGGGCCCCACACUGUCGGCAAGGCCUCCCAGCCCGCCUUCUCCAUCAAAGGCCGCAGCAAGCUGGGCAGCUUCAGCGACGACCUGUACAAGACCCCAGGUCCCGCAGCCUACCGCCAGACCGACGUCCAGGUGACCAAGUUCAAGGCUCCACAACACACCAUGGCUGCCCGAGUGGAGCCCCUGAGGGACAAGACCCUCAAGCCAGGACCAGGAGCCCACAGCCCUGAGAAGGUGACAGUGACCAAGCCCUGUGCCCCCAUCGUCACCUUUGGCAUCAAGCAUUCUGACUACAUGACACCCCUGGUCGUGGACGUGGAAUAG